AAGAAGAUAAUUAAAUUGAUGGAAGGUGGUAGUGAUAUCACCGGUGGUGGUGGUGGUUUAUACGAAGAAGACGACGACAACAUCAUCCUAUCUCCUCCGCCACACCAACCUUCUUCAUGGAGACUCAACAUCAAUCACUUCCAUCUCCCACAGACAUCCUCUUAUUCCAAUCCCACUUCUAAAUCUACUUCCACUUUCCGCCGCCUCUUUCGCCCUACUCCAAGAAAACAUGGAAAGGUUCAAGAGUAUUACAAGAAACAGAAACGACUCCUUGAAGGGUUCAAUGAGAUGGAAACAAUGAAUGAAUCAGGGUGUUUACCAGGAAGUUUAACAGAGGAUGAAAUGGAUAAUCUGGCUAAGAAUGAGAAAAGGGCCAUCUAUGUCUCAAACAUGGCUAACUUGGUCCUUUUCAUAGCAAAAGUUUAUGCUUCUAUCGAAAGCAGAUCUCUAGCUGUCAUUGCAUCAACCUUGGAUUCACUCUUGGACUUGUUAUCUGGAUUUAUUUUAUGGUUUACUUCACAUGCCAUGAGAAACCCCAAUCAAUAUCACUAUCCAAUUGGAAAGAACAGGAUGCAGCCUGUUGGCAUUAUUGUUUUUGCUUCAGUAAUGGCAACUCUUGGGUUCCAGAUUUUGCUAGAGUCUGCCAGACAGCUUAUUGCCAAGACUCGUCCCGACAUGAAUCAUGAUAAUGAAAAUUGGGUGAUUGGCAUCAUGGCUAGUGUGACGGUGGUGAAGUUUAUGCUCAUGAUCUAUUGUCGAAGAUUUAAAAAUGAAAUCGUGAGGGCCUAUGCCCAAGACCAUCUCUUUGAUGUUGUAACCAAUUCUGUUGGAUUAGCUUCGACUAUUUUAGCUGUUCGAUAUGAGUGGUGGAUUGAUCCUGUGGGGGCUAUAAUUAUAGCCGUCUAUACAAUAUGUACAUGGGCUCGGACAGUUAUUGAGAACGUGUGGUCAUUAAUAGGAAGAACGGCUCCACCAGAUUUUCUAGCAAAGUUGACAUAUCUGGUAUGGAACCACCACGAGGAAAUAAAGCAUAUUGACACGGUGAGAGCAUACACAUUUGGUUCUCAUUAUUUUGUGGAGGUAGACAUUGUAUUGCCAGAGGAUAUGUUGCUGAAUCAAGCUCAUAAUAUUGGUGAAAUGCUCCAAGAAAAGCUUGAACAGUUGCCUCAAGUUGAGCGAGCCUUUGUUCAUAUUGACUUUGAGUUCAGUCACAGACCUGAACACAAAGCCAAGGUUUGAUCAUUUGUACCUAACAUUUAUCUGCAACACCCUUUUAGUUUUGUUUUAAGAAACAAAUGAAAACUAUAAACAACUUGUUCAUCAAUAAUUAUUUUCGAGUUAUUUUUGACU